GGAGGGUGUGUUUUUCUAUCACUGCAGCAUCAGCACAGACGAGAGGGGCACAAUCAAUUUCACAGAGAAGAGGAAGAAAAAGGCGCAAGUAGAUAAGGAAGAGGAGGAGGAGAGACGGGAGGCGAGGAGUUGCCGGGGGAAAGCAGCAUCGUCGUGGAGAGACAAGACCAGCAGGAAGCCGUGGACCUAACUCAAAGAGGAAAAACCAAAAAGGAGGAAAGGGAGCAUAAAACAUAUGAGGCAAAGCCGAGGCCUGUUGCAGGAGAAGCAUUGCUCAGCACGUGUGUGACUGAGGUCGCCCUCUGUGUGCAUUUCCAUAUACGUGUGUGAGCAGGUGGGACUUUGAUGGGACAGUGAGCAAUGCCUCACACGCAGCGACAGCAGGUGUGCAGUAGGGGGCACUGCUCCUCUCACCUCCUCCCCCUCGCGCUCGUCCUCAUGUCCCUGGCUGCCCGGCCCAGCCAAGCGGCCAUACACAUACCUUCCAAUUACCACAUAAGUGAUCUGAAGAGGCCUCCAGUGAUCACCACACAGCCGGAGUCUGUCACCGUCUUCAGCAUUGAGGACCUCGUCAUGAGCUGUGAAGCCUCGGGCAACCCGCCACCCAAGUUCCGAUGGACAAAAGACGGAGAGGAGUUUGACCCAGGCAGCGACCCGGAGAUGAAAGUCACAAAGGACUCCGGCUCAUUUGCAUUCUACACUCUCAGUAACACCAUGGACACCCUGAAGCAGUACCAAGGAAAAUACGUCUGCUAUGCAUCCAAUGAGCUGGGGACAGCCAUGUCUAAUGAGGCCGUGCUCAUCACUGACGUCCCACCAUCCCAGCAGAAAGAAAAGAAGGUGACUGAGAAGGCCGAGGAAGGAAACAGCAUUGUCCUGAAGUGCAACCCCCCGCAGAGCUCCAUGGAGCCCAUCAUUCACUGGAUGGACUGGAAGUUGCUCCAUAUCCAGCUCAGUGAGCGGGUGGUGGUGGGGAAGGACGGCAGCCUGUACUUUGCCCAUUUGACGACUGAGGACAGCAGAGAUGACUACACCUGUAAUGUCCAGUACCUGGCGACAAGGACAAUUCUGGCAAAGGAGCCCAUCACUCUGACUGUCAACCCAUCGAACUCGGUACCGCGGAACAGGAGGCCCCACAUGAUGAGACCUACGGGAGCCCACAGCACGUACCACACCCUCAGGGGCCAGACCCUGGAGCUGGAGUGCAUCGUCCAAGGCCUACCAACCCCUAAAUUGUUGUGGGUGAGGAAGGACGGCGAGCUGUCGGAGUCUCGGACUACUAAAGAGAUGUUUGACCGUCGUUUGCGCUUCACUAACAUCUCUGAGACAGAUGGUGGGGAAUACCAGUGUAUAGCUGAGAACUCACAGGGGAGAGCUGUGCACACUUACACAGUGACUGUGGAAGCUGCUCCGUACUGGACCAAAGAGCCGGUCAGUCAGCUGUACGCUCCAGGCGAGACUGUAAGGCUGGACUGUCAGGCAGAUGGCAUCCCCACCCCGACUAUCAGCUGGACCAUCAACGGCAUCCCCCUCUCAGAGAUAGAUAAAGACCCCAGACGCAGACUGACGGCGAGCGGAUCGCUCAUCCUUGAGGAUGUCAACUUUGGAGACACUGCAAUCUACCAGUGCCAGGCCAGCAACAAGCAUGGAGCCAUCCUCACCAACACCAACGUCUACGUCAUUGAGCUGUCUCCACAAAUCCUCACUGAGGACAGCAACACGUACACGUUUACAGAGGGCCAGAAAGCUUUACUGGAGUGUGAAACCUUUGGCUCGCCUAAACCUAAAGUCCUCUGGGAGGGGGGCAGAAUGUCCUCCCUACUGGCAGAUUACAGAAUGAACCAACUCACCAACGGAGGGCUUGAGAUAUCUAAUGUCACCCGCAAUGAUGAGGGCACCUACGUCUGCUCUGUACUGAACACCACCUUGUCCAUCACCGCUUUUCUGGAAGUGUUCAACAGGACAGUGAUCCUGUCACCUCCGCAGGCGCAGAAGGUGCAGCCUGGAAACACAGCAAUCUUCACCUGUCAGGCGCUCAGUGACCCCCGACUCGGCGUCCCGCUCAUCCAGUGGAGGAAGAACGACCAGAAGCUGUUUGAAUCUCACAGUGACGAGAAAUACACUUUUGAAGGAGAAGACCUCAUGGUGGCUAAUGUAGGACUCGACGAUGAGGGCGUCUACACCUGCCAGGUCAUCACAAAGAUGGACAUGGCUGAAGCCAGUGCCACGCUCACUCUAUGUGAUCGUCCGGACCCUCCGUCUCUCCUCCAGAUCAGUAAUCCGAAACACCUGUCCAUCACUCUCAGCUGGACUCCUGGAGAUGACCACAACAGCCCUGUGCAAGCGUUUGUGGUGGAGUUUGAAGACCAAGAUUCAAAAGAGAAGGGCUGGGAGGAGCUGACGAAAGUACGAGGAGAUGUGGAGCGAGCCACCCUACCUCUGUGGGCCUACAUGUCUUACCGUUUCCGGGUCAUUGCCAUUAAUGAAGAGGGUAAAAGUGACCCCAGCAAGCCCUCUCAAAUCCACAUUACACCUGCUCAGGCUCCAGACAGUAACCCCGAGGACGUUAGGAGUGAGUCUGAAGACCCGGGCACUCUGCUCAUCACCUGGCAGAAAAUGGAACAACGUCAAUUCGGUGGACCUGACUUCAAGUACCGGGUGCUGUGGAGGCGGGUGGUGGGCAGCGGACCCAACUGGCACAUGAACUACACGACCGAACCGCCCUUCAUUGUCGGCGACGUUGGAAACUUCUCUGCCUUUGAUAUCAAAGUGCAGGCCGUCAAUGAGAAAGGGGUAGGACCCGAGCCGGACCCUGUGAUCGGAUACUCCGCAGAAGAUGUUCCAUUAGAGUCUCCGAUGGAUGUUGGUAUUGUACUAAUAGACAGUACUACGAUCAAAGUGACCUGGGCAGCAAUAAACAAGGAGACAGUCAGAGGACACCUUCUCGGAUACAAGAUCUACCUGACCAGGUUGGGCUCCAGGAGCCAUCACCGGCACCGAAGGUCCUUGGAGUCUGGGAGCACUACGGUGGUGGAGACCGGGCCCAAUGAGGAGAGGAAGGUCAUCAGCGAGCUGCGGCCGUACUCCUCCUACAAGUUGGCCGUCGCCGUGUACAACACAAAAGGAGAAGGACCAAAAUCGGAGCCGCUGCCCUUCGACACCAACGAGGGAGUCCCGGGUCGUCCCAUGUCCCUGAUACUGGACAGCCCAUCAGAGACAGAAAUCACCCUCCACUGGACGCCUCCUGACGAGCCCAACGGAAUCCUUGUUGGAUAUUUGCUGCAGUACCAACAGAUUAUAGAGAGUGAAGACAGCCCCAUGCAGGUCGAGACAAUAGAUGACCCCAAAGUCACCCAGCUCACGCUGAGAAACCUGGACCGCCACAGCCACUACCGCUUCUACCUCAGGGGGCGCACUGACACUGGCGAUGGAGAGCCGAUCACAAUGAGGGGGGCCACCACACUCGAUGGAGCUCCUCCUGUCAACAUCAGCGUGUCAGUUGGGGAGAAUUCAGCCAACGUGACCUGGAUAGCCAAGAAGAGACACCGAUCUGUUGACUUCCAGAUCCAGUAUUUCAGGAAAAAGGAGGGCAGUAAGGGGAAGAAGACGGAGAAGGUGAACUCGUCUCAGUCCUCCCACCAGCUCCAGGGCUUGACUCCAGGCACUCAUUAUUGGCUACACUUCAUCUACAACAACAACACCUUCUACGAGGUUGAGAUCGACACAAACGGGACAGAAGUGACUGAGGUGCAGCCGAGCUUUGCGACCCAGGGCUGGUUCAUCGGCGUGGUGAGCGCCAUCGUGCUGCUGCUGCUGAUACUGCUCAUCCUCUGCUUCAUUAAGAGGAGCAAAGGGGGAAAAUACUCAGUGAAAGACAAAGAAGACGGUCCGAUGGACUCAGAAGCGCGGCCCAUGAAGGACGAAACUUUCGGGGAGUACAGAUCUCUAGAAAGCGACCUGGAAGAGAAGCGGACCGCCAGCCAGCCGUCUCUGUGCGAGGAGAGCAAGCUGUGCAGCCAGGACAACCUGGACUUCAACGGCAGCAGCGCCGUCACCACCGAGCUCAACAUGGACGAGUCCCUGGCCAGCCAGAUCAGCCGUCCCAGCGAGGGCCCGGAGGCGUACCACGGCCUGCAGGACAGCUCCCUGCUGAACCCCACCAACGUCCCCUCGGCCACCAACGGCAUGCCCAACUCAGUCACCAUCCUCGAUUAGCUCCCACCCGUCCACCGGGGGCCAUCAGACCAAAAUAUGUCCAAACUCAUGUGCCCAUACGCUCCACUUCCCUACUGACUCACUCAUCUGUAAUUUGUCAACUAAUACACAAUCAUGUGGUGACUACUCAGAUGCCACUGGCAAUCAUCUGAUCGACUGAACUAUUCUGACCAAAGGAGUGUCCAAAGUAGUGGACAACAUGAUACAAGUCUGACUGACCCCCUCCCAACCGCAUUUUCCUUUUUUGUUGGUGUACAUUACAACCAAUUUAAAUGACUAACAUCCAUUUCUCUCCCUUUCUCCUCUUUCGUUUCGUCUUUCACCUCAGAGACUCAUGCAGAAUAUUGUACAUUUAGAAAAAUCAGGGGUUUUUAGGUUGGGUCAUGUUGAGAUGCAGCGUAGUGCAUUGAAGGAGGAGGAUGAUGGUGGAGACCUGCGAUGGAAAACAGACGGCAGCGCUGCUGUAAGAAGUCUCGAAUCUCAGAUGUUAGUCAUGUUUGAUAUGAUUUCACACAUGGUGUUGUUUGUCUAAUGCCAUUUGAGCUGUCAGAUUGUACUUGCCAGUGACAUUUUUUUCUCAACCGCUUUCAAAUACAAAGUCUCACGUUUUGUCAUGUGUCUUUUUUUUUUUAAUUACAUCUUUUUUAAUAUUGUUUCCUAAACAAUUUAUAUAUAAAAUCGUUGACUUUCAUAAAUCAAGAUGUUUUCAUUGAUAUUAAGUGAGGCCAAGUUUCUUACUCUAAGCAACAUUGGAUGCAUUAAAGAGGAACUUGCUGCGAAAAUGCUGAGUAGCAUCUGGUGUAUAUAGCUGCAUCUACAUUUAUCUAUUUAGCCAUAAUACAGUAUUAUAGAUAUGUACAUGCUCCCUCUAAGUUCCUGUGCCUGCUGGAUCUGCAUUAAGCACCAGAUUGAUGUCAUUACUCUCGCCUUCCCACCAGAAGUGUAAUGUCAUUAUUGGAAAUGAUACUGUAAUUUUUUUGUGUCAUAUGUGUAGCUUUCUGUAUCUGUCCUUGUCUCUUUCUACACUGUAUUAAAACAUUGUUGUCUCUACUUCACAAUCUUUUCAUACCUCUCCAUCUCAUACCACACAAACUGAUUAAGGAGCAGUAUUCGUGUAUAUUUGCAGAUCAGAGAGUGAAGACGCAACUCUCUCAAGUUUUAUUUUUCAAAUCUUCAUCAAUGCAAGUUGAUACUGUAGACAGGCGCUGAUGGCCGGUUCAUGUAUGGCGGAGGUAAAGAGAUGAUGUUCGUGAAACACAGAGAAUGUAUUCUUUUCAGUGCUGAUCGGAGGUAGCACUUACAUGCUACUGGCUUUUGAAACUGACUUACAAGGUACUGGAGGGAGGAGAUAUGUAGGUAGACCUAGGACAUUUUUUUUCACUGAAUGUAAAUACAACCCUUAGAAAACAUGUUUGAUAAAAAAAAAAAGAAAAAAAAACUGUGAAAAAUGUGCAGGUUUUAAUCCAGCAAAUUUAAAAAUGUUGUUUCUCCUUCUGUACUAUUGCUUUGACCUCAAACUUUACACUUUUUAAUUACCUGCAGUGAAAUUUGGGAGUAGCAAAAAUAGUUCAUAGCAGAGAAACGAUAAAAGAGAAAAAUGAAAAAAAAAAAAAAAAUCAUUGUUCUGUAGAUGUUUGCAAACAUAUCAAAAAUUUGAAAUUCAAAGGUUUUACAUUUGUGUCAUUUAGUGGAUCUAGUCGCAUCACAAUAAAGCUGAGAUUGCCUUCAUGCCCAUGAUCAUCCGGCAAUGCGUUGCAGUGCAGUGAGUUUUUGUCUGACACAGUUAUGCAGGGCAGGAAUGCAGUGAGCCAGUUAGUGCGUACCACAGGGAGCACCUAUAUGCAAUGCUCUCCCUACUCUAACAAAAGCUUGCCACUGGCUAAAACGUCGCCUGACAGUCCCUGAGCGUGCGUGCGUGUGCGUGUGUGUGCGUGUGUGUGUGUGGGAGGUCGAGAAAGGUUAGUGGCACUGAAGGAGGUGUUGUUGGUUCACCAAACACACUCAGGACAAACAAAGCUUUU